GCUCGGCCUUACUGGUGGCGGGUGUGCCCGGCGCGGGGCGAGGUGGCGGCGGGCACCAUGACCGAGAGGACGCAGUCCCCCGGCGGCGCCGUGUGCCCGGCCGCCUACCCCGAUGCGCCCGCGGAAUUCCCCCCUCACCUCCAGGCCGGCGCGAUGCGGCGCCGCUUCUGGGGCGUGUUCAACUGCUUGUGCGCCGGCGCGUUCGGUGCCCUGGCCGCCGCGUCCGCCAAGCUGGCUUUCGGCAGCGAGGUGAACAUGGGCUUCUGCAUCUUAGGCAUCACUGUGAUGGCGACCACCAAUUCUCUGAUGUGGACAUUCUUCAGCCGGGGCCUCAGUUUCUCCAUGUCUUCGGCCAUCGCAUCCGUCACGGUGACGUUUUCAAACAUCCUCAGCUCGGCCUUCCUGGGCUUUGUGUUGUAUGGAGAGUGCCAGGAGGUCUUGUGGUGGGGAGGCGUGUUCCUCAUCCUCUGCGGACUCAGCCUGAUCCACAGGAAGCUGCCGCCCACCGGAAAGGCCCCUGAUCACAAGCAGCAGUAGCGGCAGGUGCUGGAUGAACCCACUGGAGAGACAGCACGGUGGUCCAGGCGCGGGACGGCAUGUGGGAACCAGCUCCCGGGGUGGGCUGGGCAUGCAGCCUUCUGACCAUCAACCAGAGGGGGAUGCUCCUGAGGGAAAUACGCGUCUGACCCGGCAGCCUUGAGGCUAGCCAGCCACAGCUUCUGGAAGGGGAAGGACAGGUGCACUCGUGUUCGGCCUGAAGCCUUUUCCAUACGCCUGCAUGGUACUUUCGAUUCUUGCGCCCCUGGGCCCACCCAGUGCCCCUUGGCAGACGCUGGAGACCCUGGGGUCGGUCUGCUGGGUGACCGGCCUUGAGACCACACUGUAAUUGCAGUCCUGUGGCCGAACAAAGGCCUGUCACGUGACAUUGGGAUGGGUUCCUGGUGGAGCUUUCCGACACCUCCACGCAGACGUACUGGGAUGUCUGCGUGAUGCUUCUGUGGUUCGGCAAGGGAAGGGAAGCUGGAUUAAUAAAUCCUGUUGUUUGUAAGUUAAAA